AUGGAGGUAAAGUCAGUGCCUGGAGUGGGUAGAGGGAGGGGCGCAGCUGGAAGGGGAACCAAGAAGCCUGUCAGAGGAAAGCGUGCUCCGUCUCCUGUCUACUCAGAGGCAGGCUUUUCCCUGUACUCUACUGACUCAGAGGACCAGGUCACUUCAACCAACAAAGGUCUGGACCGCUGUGCUGCACUCCUGGGUGACAUUCUCAGUAGAGAACCUGCAGAGAGGUCUACUACACAAGGUCUAAAGCAGAAACCGAACCAGCAGCCCAAACCUAAGACAAAGCCCAACCCUGCCAAGACUAAGGUACCACCGAGUAAGACAAAGACAACAAAGCCAGCUGUAAAGAAGACCACAGCCCCACAACAGACAACUGCCAGAAGGUCCCCUGAAAAGACCAAGCAGGGAAACUUGUCACCGUAUGCCUUCAGGGUACCUACUGUCCCUGUACAAGGUCCAGUGUUACAGCAGCAGGUACCACCAGCUGCACAGAAAACCCUGUUCAACGAAAGAAUUCCAAGUUCCACUCCUAACCUUUCCCCUGACCCUAAAAGGCCCCCCUCCCCAAACACGCUGCUGCAAAUGCUCAGAGCUCAAAAUCGUGCCCCUGUCCAAAAUGUACCCCACUCCCCACCACAGAAAGAUGGGGGUCAGUAUCAACCGGGGAAAGAUUUUGCUGCUACACCUUUUCAUCCUGCUAUGCAGCCCCCACAAUAUGAGCAGAUACAAUCACAAUUGCAACAUGCACAACUGGUUAACCCGCAAAACUAUCCAGUUAACCAGCCUGAACAGCCACAUAACCAGCAAACUUAUCAACCGACAUCAGGUUAUUAUCAACCAGGUGAUAAUGAUAGAUAUCACCCACCCUCUGUAGGUGAUGUUAUCAGUUAUCCUGCACCUACUUAUCAACAGGAAUAUACCACAGCUAAUGAUCAAAGAGGGGGCAGAGAACAGUUAGAUAGCGUUCCAGUUCGAGAUCGCGAGACCAUUAGCCCUGCUCGGCGCGCUCUCUUUCAGACGGGAGCGCCAGUUGUCGAUCAAAUGCAAGGGAAUGAAUCGAAAACAGAUCAAGAACAGGACGACUUAGACGAAACUGUCACGUCAAGUCCGAAACGGCCGCCUUCGCGUGCGUCAGAAAAAGAAGUGCCGAGAACGAGCCCGGGAAAAUCGCUGCAGACGCUGAGGUAUCUUCUGAGGGAGUUACAGGCCGCGGCGGAUGACCCGGAAGUGAAACGUUUGGCGCAGGAAGUGGAGAGGAUUGUGGGACAGCUGCCAGAGACCAGGAGGGCUGCUGACAUACAGACUGACAUCAACUUGGCUCUUCAACCUCUUAGAAGUGAGAACAGCCAGUUGAGGAGAAGGGUUCGAAUCCUGAACCAGCAGCUGAGAGAAAAGGAGAGAGCAGAGCGAGAGAACAGGGCUCCUGACUUCAGCUUCGAGGUUGAGUCUCUGCGCUCCCUAAACCUGUCCCUGGAGAAGCAGCUGCAGGACCAGGCCGGUCACCAGGAGGAGCUGCAGUGCAGGGUGGAGGACCUGAGACAGGAGUGUGACCGGCUCAGACUGGACAACAAGAACCUGCUGGACAUGGUGGGACAGCAGGACACACACAGUCUGUCAGCACGGGCAGAGUGGGACAGCCAGAUGGUCAAGGUCAAACAAGAUGUGAGUGCUACCCUGCAGCAGGUCCAGGGUCUGAAGCUGAAACUGGAGGCUGUUGAGAUGGAGAAUGGAACACUUUUAGUCACCAUCAGACAGAAGGACGCAGAAAUCAGGAGACUGGAAACUCUCACAAGGGACCUUCACUCCAGUAUGUCGUACCUGCUGCGGGACCUGCAGAACUCUGGGCCGGGCGGGAGGAACGUGGACGGACUGACGCUGGAGAGGGUGGAACACUUCCUCAGGACUCACAGUGUGGACAGUGUUAUCCAGCUGGCCAGUCCUGAAGGAGGCCAGCCCAACUUCUACGGCAGCCCAACACGCAGGACAGCAGAAAAGGACUUGAUUGGUCAACCACAGACCCUUCCGACCAAUCAACACCAGGGCAGCCAGUUGCCACGCCAACAAGAGCCACGCCCUCCUGGUGGCCAGCUGUCCCAGCAACACUACAGUCAACCAUCACACCACCCUAGUUACCAUGGAAACCAGUCUCCACGGCAACAGUGGGAGCCACGCCCUACAGCUGUUCCAACAGCAGAGCAACCAAAGACUCCAGCAUCUGUGAAGAGGGCUCUACAAUUUGAUGACGUGAACGGAAAGAAGAAAGAAAACAUUACCGGAAGUUCUCUGACUGAGCAGCACUUAGCUGACCACCAGAGGAGUAUUGAAGAGAAAAGUGCUUCAAAGUUUGCUGUCGGUAACAGCAGCACUGUACCAGCAGGGUAUGAUCAGACACAGCAAAGUUUGACCAGGGAGGCUAUAUCUGCACAUGAGAGAUCAGGACAGCACUAUGCUGUUCCAGCGCCCCCCUCUCCACAAAAGCAAGGUGUAGGAAGAAAGGAUGCUCUCUCUCACUCAUUCAACGGUUAUCCACUGUCAGACUUUGACCAUGACUCCACCAUGUACGCUUCUCUACCCUCCAACGUUGGGAGAACGCAGUGGAAGCCAACUCCAACAAGAGCGUACACAGAGAGAAAACCAGCGACGCAAAGACCGCAAGAAAACGGAGGAAGGAAAAUGCAGUGGUACCAGUCAUCUCAACCGUACAAAGAAAACGUUACAGAUCGUUCUACAAAUGCUCGCUCUUUUCAGUCGGGUGCUGAAGACAUUAGACCAAACUCGAAACAAGACCAUCUUUUUAGAGGUACUGUACUAGACAGUUCUCUGAGCACAGUCAAUGACAUAGAGGCUCAGUCAAUAGCAUCUGAAACUACAGUAACGUCACAGGAUGAGAGAGUUUUCCAACAGGAACUUGCAGAGUUGGAUGCUAACAUUGCAAAGGUGCAGGCAAGUCUAAAGGGAGCUGUAACUUUUAAACUGCCAUAAAGAGAUUUAACUGAAGCUAAGGCCACACCAAUUUAAUUUGUUGUUUCGGA